CUCUCCCCCUCCCCUGCCCUCUCCUCUCCUCUCCUCUCCUCUCCUCACCUCUGCGUGCGUCAGACGGUGUGUCUGGAGGAGAGUCGAUGGAUGUGAAGGAUCCGUCCAACGAGCUUGCACACGUUUUUCUUCUUCUUCUUCUUCACUCAGAGAUCUGCGGCUCCGUCUCUAACCCCCCCUCCUCCCUCCCUUGCCUCCCUCUCUAAGGGAACACUCGGGGGGAUGAAUGGGGAGGCGAUGGAGGGGAGCCCGGCACAGGAGCAGCAGCAGCAUGCCGGUAACGGCUCGCACCUCCCUCCCCCUCCCACCAUCACGCCGGCUAUCCCCCCCUACGUGAAGCUGGGUCUGACCAUCGCCUACACCAUCUUCUACUCGCUGCUCUUCGCCUUCGUCUACGCCCAGCUCUGGUUGGUGCUGCGGUACCGGCACAAGCGUUUCAGCUACCAGACGGCCUUCCUGUUCCUGUGUCUGCUGUGGGCCGCCCUGCGCGCCCUCCUCUUCUCCUUCUACUUCAGAGACUGUGUCACCGCCAACGCGCUCGGACCCUUCGCCUUCUGGCUGCUCUACUGCUUCCCCGUCUGCCUGCAGUUCUUCACACUCAGCCUCAUGAACCUCUACUGUGCACAGGUCUACUUCAAGGCAAAGUCCAAGUACUCACCUGCCCUGCUCAAGUACAGACUUCCUCUGUACCUGGUUUUCUUGGCCGUCAGUCUCCUCUUCCUGGUGGUUAAUCUUGUCUGUGCGCUGCUGGUCAAAACGACCGCUGCGGACGUCAAGACCAUUGUCCUGGUGAGGGUCACCAUCAAUGACAGCCUGUUUGUCCUCUGCGCCAUCUCGCUGUCCGUCUGCCUCUACAAGGUGGCCAAGAUGUCGCUGGCCAACAUCUACCUGGAGUCGAAGGGGACGUCGGUGUGUCAGGUGACUCUGAUUGGCAUCAUGGUGGUGCUGCUGUACUCGUCUCGGGCGUGUUACAACCUCGUGGUGCUCGCCCUCACCGACAUCGAGACCAUCAACUCCUUCGACUAUGACUGGUACAACGUCUCUGACCAGGCGGACUUGCGGUCGUCGCUGGGAGACGCCGGUUACAUCGUGUUCGGGGUGAUUCUGUUCGUCUGGGAGCUCCUGCCCACCUCGCUGGUCGUCUUCUUCUUCAGGGUCAGACGGCCGCCUCAGGAAAGGAGCACUGCUGGGAUCCCAAACCACGUCCUCUCAUCCAGAGGAUAUUUCUUUGACAACCCUCGUCGAUACGACAGUGACGACGACCUGGCGUGGAGCAUCCCUCCCCAGAAUGCAUCAGCAAGUCUCUCCUCUGAUUGUUACGACUGGGGCAGCCGUCACAGCAGCUUCACCGUGCACACCAACGGGGACGAACAGCGCCUGACGACCGCCACCGCGGGAGAGCUCCACCCUUACCCAUAAUCCCUCUCUCUUCACUGUACAGCACCACUUCUGCACUUUGACACACCGAUGAGUUAUUUAUUGUGUUUCUUAUCACCACUGAUGUAAAAGUUUGUAGCAGAGCUCCCAUACGAGUCAGUUAACGUUUGUAGAAUAUCUGAAUUAAUCACCAGGUUUUAUACAAAGUUUCUGUCAUGUUGGUUACAUAACAAGUAGGUCAAAACUGCAGUUCCUCAAGUGUCCACUAGAGGCUGUCUCCUGCAGUGAGUCAGUCCCCAUAGAGCCUCAUGUUAAAAUGAGGUUAGAACAUAGAAAGGUUUACAGACCGAUGCAGAGCUGGCUAAACACUGAAGCUUCAGUGUCCACCACAUAGCAACCUGCGUGA